GAGAGGGGUUCCUUGUGCCAGAGACAGAGAGAGUGCUUUGGAUUGGCCAACAGGGAAAAUGUGUAUUUAUGUCACAAUCUGUAGCACAUGGAACUAUGCAGAGAUUUGAUAUUUACCAUCCUCCUCCUGCUUCUUCUGGAGCCAGGGAAACAAACCCUGUUAGGAACUUGGAAACCAAAUAUAUAUAUAUAUAUAUAUAGAGAGAGAGAGAGAGAGAGAGAGAGAGGUUGAGAGAGAAAAUCUGAAGAUGUUUGCAGUAGAGAAUGGACUGAAGGGAGACCCAAGGCUUGAUGGCAUCUCUGAAGCCAUUAGAGUCAUUCCUCACUUCCCUAAACCAGGAAUAAUGUUUCAAGACAUAACCACUUUGUUGCUGAACCACAAGGCUUUCAAGGACACUGUUGAUAUUUUUGUUGAUAGGUACAGGUAUAUGGACAUCUCUGUUGUUGCAGGAAUAGAAGCAAGAGGAUUCAUGUUUGGGCCAUCUAUCGCCUUAGCUAUUGGUGCAAAGUUUGUUCCAUUACGUAAACCAAGAAAGUUACCAGGCAAAGUAAUUUCAGAAGCGUAUGUUCUCGAGUAUGGUACUGAUUGUCUAGAGAUGCAUGUUGAUGCUGUUCAGCCCGGGGAACGGGCAGUGAUAAUUGAUGAUAUAGUAGCUACUGGGGGGACUCUCUCUGCAGCAAUUAGACUUCUAGAACGUAUGGAGGCUGAGGUGGUCGAAUGUGCAUGUGUUGUAGGGUUGCCUGAGGUCAAGGGACAACAGAGGCUAAACGGAAAGCCACUUUUUAUUCUUUUGGAGCCACGACAAAUAGAACAUUGUUGUUAAGUUGUUGCAGGUCUGCAUGGUUAAGGGCGGUGCUUGGGCAAGAAUUGGUGAAUGUUUUGAAUACCAAGUUUACCUUAUGAGUGAUCUGAGUCGUGAAUUCCUCUCCAUCCCCCAGUUUCCUAUUUUUUAUUUUUUAUUUUUUUAAACCUUUGGUGAUAGUUUUCUUUUCAUGGACAAUUGAAUUUUCCCUAAGCUGCUGCUAUGUAUUCUCCACUUUGCUGUAAUUUUUUUAAUCUUUUAAUUUUGAAAUCUACCAGUAGUGAAAUUUACCAUUCUCUA